UAUCAACUUUGCUGAGCAGGUUUAAUCAGUCUUCACAAAAUUAAACUCCGUCAUGCCAAAUGACAUCGGCGCAAAGACAAUUUUAAUUUGUAAUGUGUAAUUUGUGAUGUGGACGGUCGACGUGACAUUACCAGAACAUUUCUUAUUUUAAAUUAAUAUAAAUUUUGUAGGGAUGGCUUUAGUGAACAAAGUGCUGGUCCUAUGGGCCUACUUAUCUCUGCUGACUGCGGGUAUAAAUGGCCGCACGCCCCCCACCCUCUCCAUGCCCCGGGACUGGAUGGUGGGCGAGCAGGAGCCCGUGGGGGCGGUGGUGGCGAGGAUCACCGCCCAGGACGACGAGGGGGACGUCGUCCACUUCAGUGUCGCCCCGCCCAAGUUUGGGGACGACGGGUCGAGCCUCGUCUCCGUGGACCAGGGCGGCGUGGUGCGCGUCGCCAAGUCCCUUCAGGGCCUGGGCGGCCGGAAUUUUUUCGUGGGGAUCGUGGCGACGGACGGCGAGUUCACGACACGCAGCGAGACCAGGCUGGAGGUGCAGUCCCCUCAUGGCAAGACCCCCCGCGGGGGGUUGUGGGCAGCCCUCAACCCCAACUCAUCCCCACCGUUUGGGGCUGCGUUCCCCCCACUGGGAGUGCCUGCAAACCCCGCAUUGGGGCUACCAGGAAGGAGACCCACCAUACCUAUACCUUUCAACGAGCCUGAGCCGUCCGGGUCGCCGCCUCUUCUGAUGUUGCCCACCCCGGCGACGUGGCGGGUGCCUGCAUCAUCGUCUCUCAACGCCCUCGUGGCCGUGGUCGAGGCGCGCGACCUGAGCGGCGAUGACUUCUUCUUCACCAUCAAAGAUGCCGAGGAUCUCCUCACCAUCGACCGCAAUACAGGAGAAGUCAGAGUCAAGGCCUCCCUGAAGGAUAAGAUGGGAGAGCACUUCGUGCGAGUGGAGGUCUCCAACAGACACGGCACUGCUGACGAGGACGUAUUGCUGCACGUCGUCUCUGAUGAAACAGACGAUGAACCAAGCAGCAAACACACGUCAACUGAAGUGGAACUUGAACCCAGCACCAGACCCACCCUCAUCGCCAUCAUCAACAAUGGACCGACACCACCAGCCACCACCGUCCGUCCACCGGUGCUGGAGGACAACGUGGAGAUGAAGGACACGGCCACCGUGAUGACGGUGGCCGUGUCCGCGGCCAGCGUAAUGCUCGGCCUCGCGUGCGGGCUGUUGUCCUGGUGCUGCUGCUGCAGGAAACCGGAUAAGAAACCGCAGAAAAAGUUAUCCUCGAAGGAAAGCAGCAUGAAAUUCGACAAGAAGAGCCUCGAGCUGACGCCGGUUUCGUCCGCAUCCAGCAGCCUCAGCAGAAUGGAAUCCCAAAUCCUACCGAGCGCCAUCCCUCCGAUCCUGCGAUUCUGGGAGCGCCGCGCCAGCGAAAACAAAUACGAAGAUGGUCACAUCCCUCCAGCCCCUUCAUCCCGAAGCAACAGCACCAAAGAUUCAACGUUAACUCUCACGAACGAUUCCAUAGACGAGUGGGAGUUUCCUAGACACAAACUCAAAGUUUUGGGUAUCCUGGGUGAAGGAUGCUUCGGCCAAGUUUGGAAAUACGAGGCCACGGACCUCAAAGGACCAGACACUGGGAAAACUUUCGUCGCCGUCAAAACCCUCAAAGAAUCAGCCGGUUUACAGGAGAAGAAAGAUCUUCAGCAGGAGCUCAAAGUUCUUAAAGGCUUGGGCAAGCACCCCAACGUGGUGUCUCUGCUCGCUUGUUGCACCGAGAAAGAACCUACUCUAGUUAUACUGGAAUAUCUUGUGAAUGGCAAACUACAAUCUUAUCUCCGUGAGCGACGCGCGCAUAUGCCGUACAAUAAUCUUCAUGGAACCUCGGCAUCGCUGUCACCUCGAGAUUUAACAAUUUUUGCCGUUCAGGUUGCCAAAGGAAUGGAUUAUCUGUCCACACAUGGCAUCGUUCACAGAGAUCUCGCGGCCAGAAACGUUCUGGUAGGUGAAGACAAAGUUUGCAAGGUGGCAGACUUUGGAUUUGCCCGAGACGUUGCAAACAAUCACGUCUACGAGCGCAAAAGUGACGGAAGGCUACCCAUCAGAUGGAUGGCUUUAGAAUCAUUAUACGAUAACAUAUUCACUAGUAAGACGGACGUGUGGAGUUUCGGAAUCCUUUUGUGGGAAAUAGUUACUUUAGGAUCCACCCCGUACCCAGGCAUGUCGGCCGAAGAGGUCAUGAAGAGAAUCAAAAGUGGCUAUCGGCUCGAGAAACCAAGCUAUUGUAAACGUGAGAUGUACAAUAUCAUGUACUAUUGUUGGUACGAAGAUGCAAAAGAUCGGCCGAGUUUUAAGGAACUCGUCAAGUAUCUUGAAGGACUUAUCACCUCCGAGGUGGACUACAUAGAACUGAACAACUUCCCAGAGAGAGCUUACUACAACAUUCCCACCGCGGCCGCCAGUGGCGAACUCCUCUAGGCAACACCUCUGCACCGGGAUCACUCACUUCAUACAUUAUUAAUUUUAAAAGAAUAAAUACUCCUAAGGAAUAUGUAAU